AUGGUCACGUGUGGCGAGAAAUCGAGAUACCCAAUUCGCCAUCUCUACCGAUUGCAGCUCUACAAGCUCAUCUGGAAGAAAUUAAAUCUUCGACGAGGUCCCUUCUUUGUUCCCCGAAUGUCUCUUUAUGGGCCACAAAUUCGCAAUCGUUGCAUGCUCGUCGAACAAAGGAACUAUGGAACUCCUCCAAUUCGAAAAUUAUGUAUUCCGAGUCCUCCUCGUGAACUCAGUACACCUUUCGGUCUCUCCUCUGUUGACUUCACUAUGCCUUUUCGCUCCUCGAAAAUCCAAUCUCGGAUCAUGGAGUCGGCCGAACCCGCUGACUCACGGCCCUCCCUAGACAUCUCAUUCCUCAACCUCCCUUCGCCAUUCCACGGAUCCUACUCACCAAAAUCACCCACAUCCUCUUCAUCUUUCUCUCCUCCCUCCGCAACAUCGAGCACCAAAACCACCAAGAAACCUUUACACCUCACACAAAAAUCAUACUUCCAGUCGCAAAUUCAAGAUCCUGCUCAAUCGCAACUGCAACCACAAACCUCGACCAAGAACUUCCCAGGGAGCUCUAAGUCCUGGUGGUCACCCAUUCCUCGCAGUCCCGGGACCCCAAAAGUCAAACUCAGUCAGCGGAGGCGUCUGGACGCUAUCCACGCGGACGACGCCGAAACGGAAGACGGAUUGCUAGCCGGGAUGCGGUUUCACGAAGCAGGUUCGGGGCUCAUGGAGAAUCAUGUCCUUGAGAAGAGACUGAGGAGACGGCUGAUGGUUGAGGUGGUGGCGCUCUUCACCUUGUUGGCUUUCCUGCUGGGUGUUGUGGUGCUGUGUGUGAGGAGCGGUGUGGGCAUGAAGAUGGACGAUGGGAGACUGGACCAAGAGGUGGUGGUACUUGAGGGUGCGGGUGGGGUUCAGGGUGUGAAUAUUGAUGGGAACGGGGCUGGGCAUUGA